ACUUACAUCUAGCUUUCCUUUUCUAGCCAAGAGUAUCUUCAGUUUCUGGAUUUGGUUUGUUUGGUUUUCUCAAGAAAGAUGGGUAGGGGAAAGGUACAGUUAAGAAGGAUAGAAAACAAGAUAAACAGGCAAGUAACUUUCUCAAAGAGGAGAGGUGGCUUAUUGAAGAAAGCCCAUGAAAUUUCUGUUCUUUGUGAUGCUGAAGUUGCCUUAAUUGUCUUCUCUAACAAAGGAAAGCUCUUUGAGUUUUCUACUGACUCUUGCAUGGAAAGCAUCUUGGAGCGAUAUGAGCGAUACUCUUACACUGAGAGGCAGCUAGUUGCAACCGAUGCUACCCCGCGAUGCUGGACCCUAGAGUACAACAAACUCAAAUCUAGGGCUGAGCUUUUACAAAGAAAUCACAGGCAUUAUAUGGGUGAAGAUAUUGAGUCAUUGAGCUUGAAGGAAAUCCAGAAUUUGGAGCAGCAACUUGAUACUGGUCUCAAGAACAUCCGCACAAGAAAAAAUCAGCUCCUACAUGAAUCAAUCUCCGAGCUUCAGAAAAAGGGAAAGGCCAUACAGGAGCAGAACGCUACUUUGACAAAGAAAAUCAAGGAGAAGGAGAAAAACAAAACAUCAAUAACAGAAAACGCGCAUCAUCAAUGGGAACAGCAUAACUAUGUCGACCACGAUCCAGCCUUCCUCAUGCCUCCACCUCAACCUCUCAACAUGGGAGAAAACUACAACCAAGGUGCCGGUGGUGGUGGUGGUGGUGGUGGUGAAGGAGUUGCAGGUGACGGGAGGAGCAACGGACUUGACCUGAGUCUGCAGCCAAUAUAUUCAUGCCACAUGAGGUGCUUUCCUUCGUAA